CCUGUCCACAUCUUGUAGACUUCACCUCCGCAACACCUCCAACCUCCCAACCUCCAACCUCCGUAACAUCUCCAACCUCCGCAACAUCUCCAACCUCCGCUAUCCCCUCUUCAGUCUAUCAUGAACGCUGCUGCCAGACUCAUCCACCUUACUAACCGUUCCAUAUCUGCCAUCCCUCUCUGCCAAUCCCUCCACUGGCCUCCAUUCAGUGUCCUCCACCCCUCUCUGCCAAUCCCUCCACUGACCUCCACUCAGUGUCCUCCACCCCUCUCUGCCAAUCCCUCCACUGGCCUCCACUCAGUGUGUCCUCCAUCCCUCCCUCUCUGCCAAUCCCUCCACUGACCUCCACUCAGUGUCCUCCACCCCUCUGUACCAAUCCCUCCACUGGCCUCCACUCAGUGUCCUCCAUCCCUCUCUGC